CUUUUCGUUGCCCUCGGCUCACUUUAGCAUCCUUCACCCUAUUCCUCAACCACUUCAUCGUCUUCUUCAUUCCCCUUUAUCGUUCCCUUCGCCUCCCUCUCAUCCAGCUGGUACACACCAGGCUUACUCUAUCACAAUCUCUCGCGCAGAGUUACACAAAGGAACCCUAACAGCAGAAUGAGUAGUUCAAUUAACACAUUCACAAUUAGCAACCCUAACCCUAGCCAGUUAUGCUCUAAGAGAGCGCCGAUAGAGGCGUUCUGUUCUUCACCUUCCUUGUAUCGGUUCGCACCUCUUCUUCGACCUCGUAGCUCCGGUGUACUCACACUUGCUGUUUCUGUCUCCGCCUAUCCGAAAGGACUUGGCCAUGGUUUGCUCCUCUCCCGUUCAAAUUCACGGAACCGGUCGAUUUUCUCUUUUGCGGCGUCUCAUGAGGACUCGGAGUCUUCAGAAGUUGAUAUACAGGAGGAAACAAAUCGUCUGAAAGAGGGUGCUGAAGAAUCUGAAGAAGCCUGGAAGCAAACAUUAGCUUCUUUCAAAGAGCAAGCAAUAAAAAUGCUAAACAUCUCCCAAGAAGCUUAUGAAGUAUACUUAAAGAAAGCCACAGUAGUAUUAAAAGACACCUCAGAGCAACUAAAGAUCCAAGCUGAUAAAGCGAGUGCAGACUUUAGUGUAAUUGCAAAAGAACUUAGUGAAGAAGGUAAAGUUUAUCUGUCUGCAGCUGCAGAGAACUCCCCUGAACCAGUGAAGGAUAUUGUGGAAACAUUUGCUUCUUCUUCAACUGAUGACUUGAAAGAUGUUUCAAAAGUUCUUGACUUUUAUGUUGGUAUCCCAUAUGGUGGGUUGCUUACUUUAACUGGUUUUCUUUCCUUUAUGAUUACUGGAAGCACUUCUGGUAUUAGAUUUGGUGUUAUUCUUGGUGGAACUCUUUUGGCUUUGGGUAUUUAUAGUCUAAGGUCAUGGAAAAAAGGGAAAUCUUCUUCUGUUGCUUUGAAAGGCCAAGCAGCCAUUGCUACAAUAUUGUUUUUAAAGGAUACAGGACUAGUGCUUUCUAGGCCAGCAUUCACCAGAUAUGUUGCACUUAUAAUCAGUGGUGCACUGAAAAUUAACUCUGGUUUGAAGGUUAAAAGAAGUGGUGUCAUUAGUGGUUAUGGCCUCGUGAGAAAGCUUGGAUUCAUCCAUGGUGAACUUGCAUUUGUAUUUGCUUGUUAAGAACUAUGAUGUUAUUAAUGGUAAAAGUUUUAAGAAAAAUAAUGCGCUCGAGGCUUGAAAGAAAUUGUUUUUUUAUUUAUUAUUUGAGGAAAUGAUUGCGGUUGUAGUUGGUGCUUAAGUUUGAGUUAAUUAUGUUUUGUCAUUGACAUUGUAUUUGAUAUUAUGUUAUCGAUGAAGAAAUGUGGGACAUAACAUCAUUCAAA